AAAAAAGGUACUCACUUCUUUUUCUAAGAGAAAAUAUACAAAUCUCUCUUUAAAUUUCAAAAAUCUAACAAUCUCACAUGUUUGCUAUUAGUCAUAUUUUUUUUUUAUUACAUAGGAAUUUCAGCCACCAACGAAACCUUCGGACCCCUUGGUGGGGGUACCAAACCUACGGAUCAGCAUCUUCCACCCCAAGUCUCGCUGAUCAGGUUAAAGUCCGGAUGUGGACACGACUUCCGUGCAUCAGUUAGACGUUCGAUCAACCCGACACUCGGGACACAUCUUCAUUACCAUCCACGGUUUCCGCUGGUUCACAGAAAACUCUCACCAUCUACAAUUCCCGCUGGCUCACAGAGCAAACUCUCACCAUUCACAGUUUCCACUGACUCACAGAGUGAAUUUUUACCAUCCACAGGUGCCGCUGGUUCCUUGAGUAUAUUUACUUAGAAUUGAAUACCCGACACUCCUUCAUAUGUGCUAAUAUCUUUUCACCGCAUCAUGACCGUGGGCUGUUACUAGCCCUAUUCAUACUACUUCAACUAACCUACCAAAUCCUCCAAAUAAUAAUAAUACUAGUAAUAAUAUAGAGUCGGGCUAAGCAUGGCAGCCUUGAAAGUAAAGUCAACAACUACUAACGACUACGGGCAAGGGUAGUUGAAGCCUUCGCCACCAUUCAAUAGUCCAAAUCUCCAUUCAGUCCAACUUGCUCUCUCUCUCUCUCUCUCUCUCUCUCUCUCUGUGGAAAAAACGAGAUGACGCAAAAUUCUCCGCAGUCACCGGAGCUACCAUGGCGGACGCGAUUCUCCUUAGCCGCCUACAGCAUGGCCACCGACCUCGCUUGCCGUCCUGACGGCAGCAUCAACCGCUUCUUCAUGAACUUGGUUGACUUCAAAGCCCCUCCCUCCUCCAAACCCUACCUCGGCGUCUCCACCUCCGACGUCACCGUCGACGCCUCCCGCAACCUCUGGUUCCGUCUCUACGUCCCCUCCGCCGCCGCCGCCUCCCCCGCAGGCCACCCCGUCAUCGUCUACUUCCACGGCGGCGGAUUCUCCUUCCUUGCCGCUAACUCCAAGCCACUGGACGAGUUCUGCCGAAAGCUCGCUCGGGAACUCCCCGCCGUCGUGAUAUCGCUCAAUUACCGCCUCGCGCCGGAGCAUCGAUGUCCGUCGCAGUACGAGGACGGCUUCGACGCGCUGAAGUUCAUCGAUGGCGACAACUUCCCGGACGCCGGCGACCCCGGCCGGUGCUUCCUCGCCGGAGACAGCGCCGGCGGGAACCUGGCGCACCACGUGGCGGUCAGAUCCGGCGAGCACGAGUUCAGAGCGUUGAAGAUCGUCGGGCUUCUGGCGAUCCAACCAUUUUUCGGGGGAGAAGAGGUGACGGAGGCGGAGACGCGCCUCACUUCAGCCCCGCUUUCGACGAUGGACCGGACGCAUCGGAUGUGGAAGGCGUUUUUGCCAGACGGGUCAGAUCGGGACCAUCCGGCGGCGAACGUUUUCGGGCCAAGAGCGCCGGACAUUUCGAGGAUGAAGUUUCCGGCGACGGUGGUUAUCGUCGGAGGGUUCGACCCGUUACAAGAUUGGCAGAGGCGGUACUACGAGGGAUUGAAGAGGAUCGGGAAAGAGGCGUACUUGGUGGAGUAUCCGAAUGCGAUCCAUGGGUUUUACGGGUUUCCGGAGCUGCCCGAGCUUCCCAUGCUUAUAGCGGAGGUGAAGGAUUUUGUAGGAAGGCAAUUAGGCAAGUAAUGGGUUUUAAAUAAAUUUGUAUGAUAUGUAUUAUGUAUGUUAUUUUAUUUUGUAAGGGAUGUUUAGUUGUUCUUCUGAGUCUUGUAAUAAAAAUUAAUAAAGUUAAGGCUUGUUUGA